AUGUCAGACAAAAAACCUAAACAUAAUUCACAAGAUAAAGAAGUUGAAAAAGAAAGCAAGAAAAAAGCCAAAAAAGAAGAAACAGAAGAAUCUGAAGAAGAAAUUAAACGUAAAGACAAAAAAGAGAAUAAAACAAAAGGGAAAAAAGAACAAGAAAGUAGUGAAGAAAUAGAAGAAGAAAAGGAAAGCAAGAAAAAAGUCAAAAAGGAAAAAGAAAUAAAAGUUCCAUUUGAAGAUGAUAAAUAUGUACAAAUAGGAGAAAAAAGAUAUGUUAGACUUAAUCAAUUUAAAGGAACAAAAUAUAUUGAUAUAAGAGAAUUUUAUGAACGAGAUGGAGAAUUAAAACCAGGACAGAAAGGAAUUUCAUUAAAAGAUUAUGAAUUUGAAGAAUUUGUUAAAAACAUUGAGAAAAUCAAGAAAUGGAUUAAGUAA